UUGCCCAGAGUAGCCAUGGCGGCCAUGAGUAUACUGCAGCGGGCUUCGGUCACUGCAGUGGCCACUUUGUCGGGCCGCGGGCUCUGUCCUCGUCUUGGAUGCGGGGGUUUCCUCACCCGUGGCUUUCCGAAGACUGUCGCUCCUGUGCGACACAGCGGAGACCGUGGGAAAAGACUGUUUAUCAUCAAACCUUCUGAAUUCUGUGACAGGCGUUUUUUGAAUUUAAUGAAAUUCUACAUUUUGUUGACUGGGAUUCCAGUAGCAAUUGGCAUAACUUUGGUGAAUGUAUUUAUUGGUGAAGCUGAGUUAGCAGAAAUUCCGGAAGGUUACAUCCCAGAACACUGGGAGUAUUUUAAGCAUCCUAUAUCAAGAUGGAUUGCCCGAACUUUCUUUGAUAGCCCUGAAAAGAAUUAUGAAAAAACAAUGGCUAUCCUUAAAAUUGAAGCUGAAAAGGCUGAUUUACGGUUAAAGGAGCUGGAAGUGCUAAGGUUGAUGCGUGCAAGAGGUGAUGGUCCCUGGUAUCAGUAUCCAACUGUUGAUAAGGCACUGAUUGAUUAUUCUCCAAAAGCAACUCCUGGUAACUAAUCUUUUACUUCUCUAAUACAAACUGUAUUCUCUUUAGGGGAAAAAUCAAUAAAUAUAUUCUGUAUUUUUGUUCACAUGAAAA